GUGUGUGGGUGACAGAACGAGAAACUGAAAAUGGACCUUCAGCUAUGCUAGGGCUAUAAUGGGAAGUGUCACAGUUCGAUAUUUCUGUUACGGGUGCCUUUUUACAUCUGCGACUUGGACAGUUUUGCUUUUUGUUUAUUUCAACUUCAGUGAAGUGACCCAGCCACUUAAGAAUGUGCCCAUCAAGGGGUCUGGGCCUCGUGGACCAUUUCCAAAAAAAUUCUAUCCUCGUUUCACUCGAGGCCCAAGUCGAUUAUUAGAGCCACAGUUAAAAGCAAACAACAUUGAUGACCUGUUAGAUAAUCAUAUUGAAGAUCCAGAAAAAAGCCACCUGAAAUUGUCUUCUGAAUUGGGUAUGAUUUUCAGUGAACGCGACCAGGAGCUGAGAGACUUGGGCUAUCAGAAACAUGCCUUUAAUGUGCUUAUCAGUAACCGCCUGGGCUACCACAGAGACGUGCCAGAUACGAGGAGCGCAGCGUGUAAAGGAAAGUCUUAUCCAGCCGACCUGCCCGUUGCCAGCGUUGUUAUCUGUUUCUACAAUGAAGCCUUUUCUGCCUUGCUUCGGACAGUGCACAGUGUCAUAGACCGCACGCCCGCGCGCCUUCUCCACGAGGUCAUCCUGGUAGAUGACGACAGUGACUUCGAUGAUUUGAAAGGAGAACUAGAUGAAUACGUCCAAAAAUACCUUCCUGGGAAAAUUAAAGUAAUAAGAAAUAAGAAGCGCGAGGGGUUGAUUAGAGGAAGGAUGAUCGGAGCAGCCCACGCUACAGGAGAAGUGCUCGUGUUCCUGGAUAGCCACUGCGAGGUGAACGUGCUGUGGCUGCAGCCCCUGCUGGCUGCCAUCCGCGAGGACCGGCGCACCGUGGUGUGCCCGGUGAUCGACAUCAUCAGUGCUGACACGCUCGCCUACAGCUCGUCGCCUGCCGUGCGGGGCGGGUUCAACUGGGGCCUGCACUUCAAGUGGGACCUCGUGCCCCUUUCCGAGCUGGCGGGAGCAGGGGGAGCCACCGCACCAAUAAAGUCACCCACAAUGGCUGGAGGUCUGUUUGCCAUGAACAGACAGUAUUUCAGUGAACUUGGCCAGUAUGACAGUGGCAUGGAUAUCUGGGGAGGAGAAAAUCUGGAAAUAUCAUUUCGGAUCUGGAUGUGUGGAGGUCAGCUCUUCAUCAUCCCUUGCUCUAGAGUAGGACACAUUUUCCGGAAAAGGCGACCGUACGGAUCUCCUGAAGGCCAGGACACCAUGACACACAACUCUCUGAGACUGGCACACGUCUGGCUGGAUGAGUACAAGGAGCAGUACUUCUCCUUAAGGCCCGAUCUGAAGACCAGAAGCUAUGGCAACAUCAGCGAGCGUGUUGAGUUGAGGAAGAGGCUGGGCUGCAAAUCAUUUAAAUGGUACCUGGACAAUGUGUACCCGGAGAUGCAGAUACCCGGGCCCAACGCCAGGCCCCAGCAGCCCGUCUUCGUCCAUCGAGGGCCCAAACGCCCCCGAGUCCUGCUGCGCGGACGGCUUUAUCACCUGCAGACCAGCCGAUGUCUGGUGGCCCAGGGACGCCCCAGUCAGAAGGGGGGCCUGGUAGUGCUGAAGGCCUGUGACUACGGUGACCCGAAUCAGGUCUGGGUUUAUAACGAGGAGCACGAACUGGUCCUAAAUAACCUCCUGUGUCUGGACAUGUCGGAAACUCGCUCCUCAGACCCACCACGACUGAUGAAGUGCCACGGGUCCGGAGGGUCGCAGCAGUGGACCUUUGGGAAAAAUAAUCGGCUCUACCAGGUGUCGGUUGGACAGUGCCUGAGAGUGGUGGACCCCCUGGGCCAGAAAAGCUCCGUGGCCAUGGCGAUCUGUGAUGGGUCCCCCUCUCAGCAGUGGCGUCUGGAAGGCUGAGGCGGAUACCAGGCUGGGACAGCACCGCGCCCAGCUUUGCCUGCUCGGGAAGUGUGGUCUCUGGAAUCAGGUUGCUGGGCGUGGGAGGCCGGAGCAGAUUCCCUGACCCGAUAGAGCCACCUUGGAGAUGCCUGAGGGUCAGCAGAGGUCACGUCGCAGAUCUGCUGGUGUGGGGGCCGGCAGCAGGUGGAGGACGUUUUACUUGCUGUUAAGGAAUUUCUUGUCUAUAGCGAGAACCCAGAAUGUAUUUUUCACUCUAAAGAGUCAGGGUUGUACAGGACAAAACCCAGGAAAUGGACAUUUCUAAUUACAUUCAUUUAUGCUGCUUUUUAAUCCCCUUCAAUGAUGGAAAGAUCUUUAUCUGAUUACAGCCUAUCAUGAUUUAGAAGACUUCAUUCGUAGAUCUUUUUUUUUAACUUCUGUUUAAUAUGUUCUAAAUAAUUUUUUAAAACUGAAUCUACAUUACUUCUAAAUUCAGAAGGCAUCAUUUAUAAGAUAAUAUUUAAGAGGCAGUUAACUGCCGUAAGUUAUUUUGAUGAAUUAUGAUACUGUCUCCAUUUAGAAUAAAGGGGCUUUUUGAUGAUUUAACCAGGA